AUGGCUUACCAUACAAUCACAAGCCGCAUGCGGCCAUUUGACCACGUGCUGAUCGGCCGACAUUGCACGGCCGACACCCCAAACAGGGAACUGCAGAACAGCCCACUGAAAUGCAUCACCUACACCUGGAGAUUUCACUUGCUGCUUUAUCUCGAGGAGCAUGGAAUGAGGACAAAGAUUGAGAAAUUCAACCAGAAAGACGUGCUUGUUGUCGCACACAAAACCGAAAAAGACAUCCUCAUUGUUUCGAUUUCAGACGUCACCCACAGCUUCCCGGAGGUGCUGUCCGGGUGCCAGGGUCUAGUGACCCCUUUAAAACAGUCGCAGAAUAAAUACACUGGCUGGGUCCAAGAUAUAGACGAGGAUAAAGUCUACAUUAAAUUCAAAGAAACGUUCCCAGGUAAUUUCAACAAGGCCGUGAGGUGCAACGUUGCAUUUUUUCACCACCGCAUCCCGAUACAGAUGCAACACAGAGCACUUGCGCUGGUGAAGAAGCGCAUGCUGGAUAAGUUCCUGUUCCCUACUGAAGAGUGUUUCCAUCACCAGCAAUUGCCUAGAAUAUCUUUAACCAAUAAAUCCGUGGCGAACAACCCAGAGCAAAGCAAAGCCAUUCAACACAUCGUAGCCUGCAGUGCAAAACCUGCCCCCUACUUGCUUUUUGGCCCACCUGGAACAGGCAAAACGGUAACCUUGGUGCAAGCCAUCAGGCAGAGUCUGGAAACUCACGGCUGCAACAUCCUGGUCUGUGCUCCCUCCAACAGUGCAACUGACCACCUCUGUGGGAAGAUUCUGGAAGAAAAACUUGGCACGGACAAAGUGUUUCGCUUGUAUCCCUUAAGCUUUCCUGUGAGAAAGAUCCCUCAAAGUUUGCUGAAGAACUGCAACCUGAACCCCAUAACAAACGCAAUGGAGAUACCCACUAAAGACACACUGAUGAGUUACACCAUCUUGGUCACGACCCUACAAACUGUGGGAAGACUAGUCACGGGAGGCAUCCCCCCUGGUCAUUACUCGUACAUCUUUGUGGAUGAGGCAGGCCAAGCUACAGAGCCAGAAUGUUUAAUUCCAAUAUCAGGUUUAAUGAAAUUAACAACGUGUCAGGUUGUACUGGCUGGAGAUCCGAAACAGUUGGGCCCCAUUGUUAUUUCAAAGAUAGCAGACAAACAUGGCUUUGGUGUGUCCAUGUUGGAAAGACUGAUGAGGGACAUCAGUCUGUACAAGCCACACAGGAUAACAGGGUUCAACAGUCACUAUGUCACUAAACUGCUGAUAAACUAUAGAUCACAUCCUGCUAUUUUAAAAAUUCCUAAUGAGCUGUUUUAUGGAGGAGAAUUACAGCCUUGUGCUAAUUUCGAGAAAUGUUUGUACAAAACAUGGACAUGCCUGUUUAGGAAGGAUUUCCCUGUGAUCUUCCACGGCGUGGCAGGCACUAAGCAACGUGAACACAACUCCCCCUCUCUUUACAAUAUGGCAGAAGUGGGUGUAUUGAAGGAAUACCUGAAAUACAUCAUCAAACACCUUCAGGAUAAGGGUGUGGACUGCAUUGGACCUCAAGAAAUUGGCAUCAUCGCCCCGUACAGAAAACAAGUUGAAAAGAUCCAAAAGGCUCUUCAAACAGACAAAGAUCUCAUCAAGGAAAAUUUAGAGAACAUUUUGGUUGGCACAGUGGAGAAGUUUCAGGGCAAAGAGUUCAAUGUGGUCCUGGUGUCUACAGUGCGCAGCAAUCCCAAACUGACUGAUUUCAAUCAAAACAUCAAUUUAGGCUUCGUCAGUCACGAGAAGAGGUUCAAUGUGGCAAUGACUCGAGCUCGAUCUCUACUGAUUGUCGUUGGAGACCCGAGAGUUUUGAAAACUGACUUUGUGUGGAACAAGUGA